AUGCUCGGCGACCAGUGCUUGCACCAAACACAGCCGCAGACUCUGCAGGAGCAUCAAGUGUCCGUCUCCGAUGAAGAUAAUUCUUCUGAAGAAGUAGAAACGAGGAGUGACGUCGAUUCACUCAUCGAUGAAGUUCACGCUAUCUGCAAUGCUUUGGCGACCACGGAUUCUGAAGAGGCCGAAGAAGAGACAGAGGAGUAUUUCUUCGACAAGAUCUUCAAGCGUAUGAGAGGAUCUGUUAGCGGAGAUCGGAAUAGUACGGACCAGGGAAGAGGAAGAGGCCGAGGCAGAGGCAGAGGCCGCGGUUCUCGUACCUCUGACGGAGAAGGUGAAGGACGCAACUCAUCAAAAGGACGGGGCUUCCUCAAGAAGUUGUUUGAGAAAAAGAAGGGAGCUGGUAAUUCCUCUUCGGACGGCGACGGAGCAUCCAAGAAGGAAGCCAUCCUGAAAAAGCUUCUUGGGAAAAAGAUGGGAUCCGGAAGUGGCGACGCAUCCAAGGGGGGCGAUUUUCUGAAGAAGCUCAUGGAGAAGAAGAUGGGCUCCGGCACUAACAACUCAUCGGACGCAAGCGACUUUCUGAAGAAGUACUUCGAAGGCAAAGGCGCAUUGUACGCUGCUCAAGAUGAGGAAAUCGACGAUGACGAAGUCCAUCUGGAGGAAUUCUGUGCUGUAGUAUUUGAGAACGAUGAAGAAUGAGCCAUCGUUGCGGAG